AUGGCGAGCAGCCUGGACACGCUGUGCGGGCAGGCGUUCGGCGCGGGGCAGCACCACCUGCUAGGCAUCUACAAGCAGCGCGCGAUGCUGGUGCUCGCCGCGGCGAGCGUCCCGGUGUCCCUGGUGUGGGCCUACACGGGCGACAUCCUGGUGUGGUUCCGACAGGACCGUGAGAUCGCGGCGGGCGCCGGGAGCUACAUCCGGUGCAUGAUCCCGGCGCUGUUCCUGUUCGGGCAGCUGCAGUGCCACGCCCGGUUCCUGCAGCCGCAGAACGUGGUGGUGCCCGUCAUGCUCAGCUCCGGCGCCACCGUCGCCGUGCACGUGGCCGCCUGCUGGCUGCUGGUGCGCAGGCUCCGCCUGGGAGCCGACGGCGCGGCGCUGGCCAACGCCGUCUCCAACCUUGUCAAUCUCUCUGCGCUGGCGAUCUACAUCAGGCUCUCGCCGUCCUGCAAGGCCACCUGGCCGGGGUUCUCCCUCCAGGCGUUCCAUGGCAUCCUCGGCUUCUUGAAGCUCGCCGUGCCUUCGGCUGCCAUGGUCUGUAUGGAGUGGUGGUCCUUCGAGCUCCUGGUUCUGCUUUCUGGCCUUCUCCCUAACCCCAAGCUUGAGACCGCUGUGAUGUCUAUCUGCUUCAACACUUACGUUUUCGCAUUCAUGUUCCCAAUGGGACUUAGUGCUGCAGCAAGCAUACGCGUUUCAAACGAGCUUGGUGCAGGGCAGCCACAGGCGGCCCGCCUGGCGACUCGGGUGGUCAUGCUCUUGGCGUUCUCCCUGGGCGUAUCGGAAGGUCUCGUCAUGGUGCUGGCGCGCAGUCUGCUCGGCUACGCCUACACCAACGACAUGGAAGUGGCUAUGUACACCGCUAGAUUGAUGCCCAUUCUCGCGGCCUGCACCUUAUUGGACUGCCUCCAGUGCGUCCUGUCAGGUGUUGUUAGGGGUUGUGGCCGACAAAAGAUUGGUGCCUUUAUCAACCUUGCUGCAUUCUAUAUUGUCGGCAUCCCUGUGGCGUCCAUUUUCGCCUUUGUUUGUCAUCUUGGUGGAAUGGGUCUUUGGUUUGGGAUCUUGGUCGGAGUAGCAGUGCAGAUGAUCUUGCUUCUUUGCAUCACCUUAUACACCAACUGGAACAAAGAAGUAUUGAAAGCAAAUGACAGAGUUUUCAGUUGUCCUCUUCCUGUCGACAACACGAUAACAUCAGGUUGUAGCGAGCAGGGAAAUGGAUGUAGUUUUGUUGGGAAUAAGGAUGAUGCUAAUGGAGCCAUUGAGCGGACAAAGGGUUUGAACAAAAGUUGA